UAAAUCAAUUUCUUCAUUCAGCGCCGUUACCCUUGCUUUUCACAUUAGUAGUAAAUGCAAAAGCUAAAGUAAUUUGUUGGAAAAAAAAAAUUGUUUACGACAAAAAUAAUGUUAAUUGAAUUGAAUCUUCAAAAUUUAACGCAAAUCUUCUGGACUAUCAUCUUUGUAUUAAAUUUAUAUGUGUUAUUGUUGUUGUAUCGUAUUUCAAAAGUAUACCGCUCAGAGAGGAGAAUCAAAUUAUUAGAGACGGCCAACAUCAGAGAGCACAUCGAGUUCAUGCGCAGCCGCCCAGAAAAUUCCAUUUCAUCACACUUCUCCGCCACCGGCAGUUUCACCACACGCAGUCGGUUUUUUGAACAAUUUCUCGACACCGAGCCACCACAGCUACGUUCAUGUAUGCCCAUACGACCAGACUUUCGUUCAAACUCAUCUACGACGGCAGCUAAUGAAGAGCCAGAUGAACGCGCAACAGAGCAGCGUUUGCGCUUGCAGCGGCAACAGCAACAGCAGAAACAACAUACGAGGCAAUUACAAAGGGAACUGCAACAAAAAUAUAAUAAAUCACAAAACCAACAACAACAAAAUCAGCAAUCAAUGAAUCGGCAAGAAGUUAACUUAUUAAGGCAACAGCCGCAACCUCUUGAGGAACCGAGAAACGCAGAUUUAACUUACAAUACAAAAACCGACGAUGAGCAUACGCUCUAUAUAUCGGAUAGCUUCGGUCGAGUGGUGCAUGAGAUUCCGUUUCGUGAAUGCGAUUACAUGGACGCUCUACAAGUGGUGCUGGGCGACCAACGUUGGCAGAUCAAAAGAGCGUGGAAUGAUGGUGCCAACUGAGUGCACCCGGCUAUACCAGGAAGCGGAACUCGAUUGUAUCUUGAAUGUGCUCUUAGUAGAGUAAUAAUAAAUGUUAAAAGUAUAAUUUAUUAGCGUGAAGUGUCGCAGUCUCUGUCAACUAGCUACCCGGAGGGAGGAGAAAUAGGAAAAAAGUUAAACUAACUGAAACCUGAGCGCUAAUGAUUCUUGUAAGAUGAUUUCAUAAGAAGGAAGACGUUGGGACAGCUUGUGAACCAUCGCGACCACCUGCGGUUUAGAAACUCAAUCAUUUGACUGUGGGAAGACAUGCCUGUCAGAAGAGGCAACUAAAAUGCAACAGUUACCGCAUCAGUCGGGUCUUUAUACCGGAACGAUCCACGAACGGUGAAAUUUUUGCAGCUACGACAACAACCGACCUUGGACGUGUACUGUCCUUAUGGCACUGGAUCAAUCAAAAGACUUUGACACGAUCAACCAUUCAGUGCUACUAUCGGAUAUUGAAGAUUCCGCAUUUCCGCCGCAGUUGAAGAAGCUGACUAUGAACUACAGCAGUUGUCGGCGAAUAUUGGCAGGGUUUCGGGGUCAAACUACUAAAAUAAAAGGCGUUUCUUUGAUCUAUGGACGUAUGGCACGGCACGACAUCUACAUCUUUUCACCAGCUGGACGAAAGAGUGUCAGCUCAAAGUUGAUGUGACCUUAACAAUUACAACCAGGGAAGUCCUCGGCAACCCUUUUCACCAGCUGGACGAAAGGAUGUCAGCUCAAAGUUGAUGAGACCUCAACAAUUACAACCAGGGAAGUCCUCGGCAACCCUUUUCACCAGCUGAAUGAAAGAGUGUCAGCUCAAAGAUGAUGUGACCUCAACAAUUACAACCAGGGAAGUCCUCGGUCCUUUUCACCAGCUGCACCAAGGAAUUUCUGUUCAAAAUUGAUGUAAAAGUUGAUGGCGUAAAAAUUCUGACAAUAAAUAACCCAAACUUACUGGGAGUCAGAUCUAACAGCAUACACUCCUUCUCCUCCGCAUUCAACUUCAAUGGCCACUAAUGUAUAAAGCCGCAAAAAAUGCCUUACAUAGUCAGCCGGUAAAACUUGGGGAAAAUUAAAAAAUAAACGUUACUCGUUACUUACAAGCAAUUGGCCAGCCGAUGGAAAAUUA